AUGACGAAAACAAUACCCACCUCUGAAAAGACAAAUUCUGGUACGAUCACUUUGAGGGGACCCCAAGAUAAGCUAGGUCAAGCCCUUAGCGCCGUUUACGAAAAGGCCAACUCUGUGCGCUCUAGCGACGUAGCUGCGCCAUCCUGGUUGCAUAAGUACAUUAUCGGCAAGAAAGGACAAAGAAUCAAGGAAAUCACGCAAAACUUGCCAAAAGUUGAAAAGGCACAGGAACAAAUAGAAGCUAUCGCUAACGACCUAAUUCAGACCAUGUCUUUUGUGGAGCUGCAAGUAGAUAACAAGCUUUUCAAGCAUAUCAUUGGUAAAAGUGGAAGCAAUGUCAAUAAACUGAAAGACGAUUUUAACGUAGCCAUCAAUAUUGACGAAAGUGGAUUGGUCCGCAUAGAAGGAAACAGAGACGAUGUCGAAAAGACAAAGUUCGAAUUAGAGCAGAGAAUAUUCAAAUUAGAAAACGAAAAAGAAAGAGAUGUUAUCAUAGAGCAGCGGCACUUCAGAAAUAUUAUUGGUACUAAGGGAGAGACUAUUAGGGAAAUCAAGAAUCAGUUUAAUCAAGUUCAAAUUACUUUCCCCAAUCCUGGAGAAAGAAAUGACAUUGUUAAAGUCAGAGGACCAAAAGAAGAUGUUGACAAAUGUGUGAGACAUUUGGAGAAGAAGGUUAAGGAGCUAAACGAAUCUUCAUAUCAAAUCCAAGUACCAAUUUAUAAGCAGUUCCACAAAUUUAUUAUUGGAAAAGGGGGUGCAAAUAUUAAAAAGAUCAGGGAGGAAACGAAUACAAGGAUUGAUUUACCAGCCGAAGGUGAUAAAAGUGACAGCAUUGCAAUAACAGGAAAACGUGAAAACGUUGAGGAGGCGCGUAAAAAAAUCAAGGAAAUUCAAGACAAACUGGAACACAUUGUUUCUGAGGAAAUUACUAUCGACCCUAAAUUUUACAAUUCACUCAUUGGCGCUAAAGGAAAACUAAUUCAUUCCAUUAUGGAAGAUUGUGGUGGGGUCACUAUUAAAUUUCCCGGUGCCGACGACAAAAGCGAUAAAGUCACUAUCCGUGGACCAAAGGAUGACGUCGAUAGAGCGAAAAGACAGUUACUUGAUUUGGCGAGUGAAAGACAACUUGCUAGCUAUACAGAUGAGGUAAUAUUAGAAGCCCAACAUCACAAAUUCCUUAUUGGUAAAAUGGUUGCCAAUAUAAAAAUUCGUGAUUCAACUGGGGCACGAGUAAUAUUCCCAUCUAAUACUGAUGAUGAUAGGGAAGUAAUCACAAUCAUAGGUAGAAAAGAGGAUGUCAUAAACGCCAAACAACAACUCGAAGCCAUGAUUAAAGACAUAGACAACAUCAUCGAGGAUGAUAUAAAAGUUGAUCCUAAGCAUCACAAACACUUUGUUGCGAGACGUGGGGAAGUUCUUCAUAAAAUAAGCACGACUAUUGGUGGAGUCUUGAUAUACUCCCCAGAUCGGGGAAUCGACAGUGAUAAAGUGACGCUUAAAGGAGCACGAGAGUGCAUUGAAGCAGCCAAACAGAGAAUCAAUGAGAUCAUAUCCGAUUUGGAAUCUAUGGUUACUAUCGAGUGCAUUAUUCCUCAGAAACAUCACAGAACUGUCAUGGGCACUAAGGGUUUCAGAGUACAAAAAGUCACGUCAGAUUUUGAUGUGCAAAUUAAGUUUCCGAAUAGAGACAAUACGAGCGAAUACCACUCAGAACUUACUAAUGGCGACGUUAAUGCCGAACCUAUUCGUCAGUGUGAUAUCAUAAGGAUUACUGGCAAAGACACAAAUUGUCUUCAAGCUAAACAAGCAUUGUUGGACUUGGUUCCUGUCACCAUUGAAGUGGAUGUUCCGUUUGAAAUGCACAGAUCAAUUAUUGGCGCAAAGGGACAGGCUGUCCGAGAGUUUAUGAACAGAUUUGACGUACAUAUUGUAUUGUCUUCUACGGAAAUCAAAGAGGAUAUUAUAAAAAUAACGGGAACUCCUGCCAACGUGCAAGACGCCAGAGAAGCGCUUUUGGAUCGCGUGAAAGAGCUAGAAGCAGAUAAGCAAGACAGAGUAUUGAGGUCGUUCGCUCUUCAAAUCGAAAUAAACCCCGACUACCAUUCCAAAGUUAUCGGAAAACAAGGCGCAGUGAUUACGAAAAUCAGGAAAGAUCACGAUGUACAGAUUAUUUUGCCUAAGAAAGGCGACGAGAACGAACAUAUUGUUACUAUUACCGGUUACGAGAACAACACCUACCGUGCUAGAGAUGAUAUACUGAAAAUUGUCAGAGAACUGGACGAACAAGUGAAAGAAGAAUUCGAAAUCGAUGCUCGCGUCCAUUCUCGUCUGAUUGGUGGCGGCGGUCGUAACAUCAGAAGAAUUAUGGACGACUUUAAAGUCGACAUUAAAUUUCCGAGAAGCGAUUCGUCAAAUCCCAAUUUGGUAAUUGUUUCUGGCCAGGAAGAUAAUAUUAUCGAGGCUCGUGAUCAUUUGCUCAAUCUGGCUGAAGAAUAUCUUCAAGACAUGGAAGAAAUGGAAACCCGUCAGAAGCUGCGCACUCUGACGCUGAGUUUCGAUGCCAAUUCAAGUUCCUCUCCCGCUCCCAACGGUACCGAGCCAGGUAACGGCUUCGUGGUGCAAGGAGGUCCCUGGGAGCAGAACGCCCCCAACACGGCCAGCGUGACCGACUUCCCCGCCUUCGGGCGCGGGGCGGAACAGCCCUCGCAGGCCGCGCCCGUUGCUGGUGCCUGGGGCCAUCGCCGCUAAAAGAUUCGCACCUCUUCUCCAAUUCCAUUCAUCCUAUUCCUUCACCUUCAUAGAUAUUUUAUUGUUAAUUCGCGGUGUAGGAUCAAUG